AUGGCGGUCAGAGUUCCGUCCAUGGAGCUGAACCGCUCCCCGCCGCUCCUCUCCGGCGGCAGAGCUACCUUUGAAGGCAAAACAUGCCUUCAGAAGCCUUUCAUUGUCCAAGCAAAGAGAUCAGGUGGAUUGGAGAAAGCAAAUACUAGGUCACGAGGACCGCAAGCUUCUGAAAAACUCAAGAAAAGAGAACCCCUGACUCGUGGGACUGUUAGUGCGCCUCUUCCGGUACCAGGACACAUACCUCGACCUCCUUACGUUGGAUCAAACAAAAUGCCCGAGAUAUCGAGUGAGAGACAAAUGCAGGACAAAGACACCAUCGUGCACAUGAAAGCUGCAUGUGAGCUUGCUGCUCGUGUUCUUCAAAAUGCAGGGAAAUUAGUCAAACCCUCUGUAACAACAGACGAAAUUGAUAAAGCAGUGCACAAGAUGAUCAUUGAUGCUGGAGCCUAUCCAUCCCCGCUUGGAUACGGUGGGUUUCCAAAAAGUGUAUGCACAUCAGUGAACGAAUGCAUGUGCCAUGGUAUUCCUGAUUCACGAGAACUAAAGGAUGGAGACAUAAUUAACAUCGAUGUCACUGUCUACUUGAACGGUUUUCAUGGGGAUACCUCUAAAACGUUUUUCUGUGGAGAAGUUGACGAAGCUGCUAAAAGACUUGUGAAGGUUACUGAAGAGUGCAUGCUUAGGGGCAUAUCAUCCUGCAAACACGGUGUGAGCUUUAAGAAAAUCGGCAGAAGAAUAAGCGAGCAUGCUGAGAGGAAUGGAUUUGGUGUCGUGGAGCAAUUUGUUGGGCAUGGAGUUGGCAGAGUUUUUCAUUCACAACCAAUUAUAUAUCACCAGCGCAACAACAUGCCAGGGCAGAUGGUUGAAGGCCAGACGUUCACAAUAGAGCCGAUCCUGACCAUGGGAAGCAACAGCAACAGCAUCGAGUGCGACAUGUGGGAGGACGGCUGGACGGCGGUGACGACGGACGGCAGCCUGGCGGCGCAGUUCGAGCACACCAUCCUCAUCACCAGGACCGGCGCAGAGAUCCUAACCAAAUGCUAG